CACUGGCAACACCACAAAGUGAUUGUCAAAAUGGAGUUGAUGUGUACUUAGGUCAGCCUUAAGAUAUUUUUGUUGAAUUAAUGAAUUUUUCCUCUACUCCCAUUAGCAAUUUGUGUUGUAAACUGUUGCUUACACUUCAUUAGCAACGCUGCUCGCAUUAAGCUCAUUGACUACAUAACAUAUCAUCAUUAAAUCGUCAUGUUUUGAUAGGGCCUUACGAUCAACAUUUAUUCAACUUUUUAUCAAAAAUGUCCGCGGCCAGCGCGAUAGAAAACAGUGAAGAGCUGGAGAACGUACCACUAGUGCGUAUGGAGGACGUACAGCCUUCGAGAGAAAGGAAUUGCGAAGAGGAAGUACUAGAAACCUGUAUUGUUGAUAACAUUGGGUAUGAUUGUGUAGUCAAUGAAGAUGAGGACUCAAACAUUGGGAGUAUGGUGUCCAUUCAGUCAGAAGAAGUGGUUGAAGACGACAGCGACACUGCAGAGAUGAUUGUUCCUGAAGUUCUCGAGCCGUUGGACGAAAUUCCAAUAGUAAGAGAUGUGGCACAAAAUGAUAUAGUCCCAGAGCAAAAACAUACAGACCUAAAGCCACCAGACAGUUGGCCAACCCUCGAAAUCCUCCCUGGUGGUGUCAUCAAAAAUGCCGACAAAUGCGAAGAUGACCUCCCCUACCCCGAGGGCCCAGAGAAGGUGGAGAAGGGAGAGAUGAUGUAUGCUUGUGCGAAGUGCUCUGAGAGCUUCAAGUACCUGUUCUGUCUGGUGAAGCACGUGAAGUGGCAUGAGGAUGAGAAGAAGAAAGAGAAAGGGCUGGAUAUGGCCAAACUUACAAACCGUAAGAAAUGCAUCGUUUUGCAUUCAGGCAAAAAGAAGAUGGGCCAGCGGGGAAAAGCCAAGAAAACCAAGAGAUCAUAGUAUCGUCGCUUCAGUAUUAACUGGCAUAGGCUAAAAGUGUCAUGUUUUGACAUCUCCGGUGGUAAAUACUGCCCCACCGCGUAACAGUCAUUGGAAAACGUCUGCGUAUUCUCGUGCUAUAGGUUCCAAAUUUAAACUGGUUUUCCAAUGACUGUCACGGCUCUCAUGCCUUGCGAAAUUCUGGUAACUAUACUUGACGCGGCCAGUGAUGAUCCCUAUGUGACUUCCAUCGACUGUAACCGUCCGUUACGGUUUAAUGUGUAAUGGUCAAUUACAAUUAACGUUCGACCAACACUGGCCCUAGCAUUGUUAAAGACACUAAUAUAUACAUAAGAUAAGAAAAAGGAAAUACUGAUGUUUUUACCAGCAACUUAUCAACUUUAUUGCUGAUGAUGGACAGUGCAUUUGUAAUACAUUACAGGGUGGCCCGAAAAUACGUUGACAAACCAUUUCUAGGAACUUUUUUCUUACUUAUACAAAAUGUCAUUAAAAAUUUAAAACUACAAUCAUUUAGCUAAAACAAAACAUAUUAUUUUAAAAAUAUUCUCAUUUAGCUCUGAUAGACAAACGUAAACGUGUGUUGUGUUAAAAUUGUCAACAAAAAAAUGUCAACGUAUUUUUCCUGCCAUCCUGCAGGUACUUCUUGGACAUCGCCUAUGCGAUUAUUUUGUUGAUUUUAUCCGAUCACUGCUAUCUCCUGGGUCACGGCACGAAAAAGAAAUGAAACUACGGCAGCAUUAAUGACUAUCAAUUCUUUGAAGAUGUAAGUGUAAAAAUAUUCUACUUAUGAACGAUACAACCAAACUGUUGCUUCCAUGUGAUUACCUCAAUCUGACAAUUUAAUUCAAAAUUAGAUUUGUCGUUUAUAAGUAAUAGUAGAUACAGUCAACCAACUUUAACCCUAGGCCAUAUCAAAGGGAGGUUAUCACUAUUCUUCAAUUUGAAAUGGUUCUACGGUGGCGUAGGAUUCUAGUUGUUUGAUUGUACUUACAUAUUUCGCAUCACCAAAUACGAUAUAAGAUUAGUUGGGGUAAUAGAAAGAUACAAACACUGGAGCAAGAAAAAUACUUGUAGGGAACCAUCAUACUGAUUUUCUUGCCUCAAGCAAAAUAGACAAAUUUUACCUGAAAAUAAAAUUUAUAUUAAGUUACUUACCUUGUUCCAAGCCUGAUUUGAAGGCUUGGAACAAGGUACAGCCAACUUAAUAGACAAAUUUUACCUGAAAAUAAAAUUUAUAUUAAGUUACUUACCUUGUUCCAAGCCUUCAAAUCAGGCUUGGAACAAGGUACAGUCAACUUAAUAAACUAUAUUCCUCUUACCCCACAUGACUAGAGCUGACAAGCAAAUGUUAGAUGGAUAGUUAAAUGCAUAAGUAAAUAUCAAAUCGGCUACUUAUUUCUGUCAGGAUUUAAAAUUAUUUUUUAAAGGGGAUAUACUGGGUAUAGUUAUUUAGGUUCAUCAACUUUUACUAUAGCACUUAACUUUGAAAUCACAAAAUAAAAUUCUAGCCUCCAUAUAAUUAUAGGAUUGAACUUUAGUAUGGAUCAUCAGUUUUUUUUUGUGAUUUCAGGGUUGCUCUCGUAACAAAAGUUGCUGACAGUAAUGAGUACAGUCACGUAUGUGUAUCUUAUAUCACCAAAACAUUAUACCCCGUAUAUGGAAUCCGAAUACAGUAGGCAGUAUUUUGUAUUUUUUCCAUGCAUAUAACAGUAUAGCUAAGUCAUUGAACAUGACUGGAAAAAUGAACGAACUUUUGUUCUAUGUUGUAUUUUAAAUUCUGAACAAAAUAAACCCAAAAUAUAAUUUGCAAGUCUCCUAGCAUUGCUUACUUUGCUUGAAGUGCACUUUAAGCUCAUAAAUUUAGUAGUAAAAUAAUAUUCGUAUUUAGUUAUAUCAUUCGUGUAUAUGCGUUUAAACCAAAAUGAGUUGUUUUCGUUCAUUAUAGUUUAUAUUGGUUUGUAUUUGAUUAUUUUAAACGUUCUGUGAGAAUGUUUUAGAUUGUAAUGUGAAAAUAGAUAGUUGCUUUACUCGCUAUUCCCAGUUUCCAUGUUCCAUGAGAGAUUUUGUAUUUUUGCAAUUACAAAGUAGGUAUUUUACUGAACAACUUCCACUAUAAGCCAAAAGGCAGAUAACUUUUUCUUGUACUAGGUCGGUGCUAUGGUUAUGUUUUGUCUCCUGGGUCACUCCAUAAACCCACAAAUUUAUAUGACCAUACAUGCACUUUAAUGGUAGUUUUUAGGCCCAUUACUGCGGGGGCCUUCUACUAAGUCUGUCAGUAGAAUGAAUUACAAUUUAUAUAAAACUGUCUUAAUAUUGUCUCCUGGGUAACGGGGUAAAAAAGUAAAAUGUCACAGUUGAUCAACCCACAGAAGCAUUCAUAUUAAAAUACAUACAAAAUCGAUCUUUCAAUGGAAAAUCAAACUUCUGUUUAGUCUUGUAAGGUUUAUGUUAAAAAAAAGUAUGUACAGUCAGUAGCAGAUAUUAUUAUUAUUUUAUUAUUACGAUACAAAUCAAAGUCUAAUAUAAGUAGUAUUUUGGUUUGUCGCGUAGAUAUUUUCUAAAUUCGCGUAGGUAUUUGUUGCCGACUGUACUUUGUCGUGUAUAAUGCAAUAGGUUUUGUUUGUGUCUUUUAUUUUAUGAAUAGUUAUGAAUUUUAUUAAUUAGAAUAUUAUGAUUAUGUUGUGAACUUAUGAAUGUCCUUUAUUUGGCUAUUAUUUUUAUGUGUAAAUCUGAAAUUAAUGUUUUUUUUUCCACGGGGCCAUUAUUGUUAUCAACUUAUAAAUUAUAAGUCAAUUAUUUUAAAUAAAUUUUAUCGUUUGUUGUAAA